AGAGAGAUUUGACAUUUUUAUGCCGAUUCGGAAUUAACUAUCAGUCUUGUGAGGAGAUUUGCUAUAUUUCUUGAACAAACUUUUGAGUUCAGCUCGCUAACUAUGCGCCAAACCAAAGCUCAUUCAUUCCCAACGAAAACGAUCAAAGAAACAGGAAAAGACCAAGAACAAAACCCAACUAGUCCGUUCGCUCCUACAGUCCACCUGUUCUGCCUAGAAACAGCGUCCCUAGUCCUGAUAUCUAGUACAGAGGAGGGUAAUAAGAAAAGAAAUAAGGAAAACUUGAUACUGGAAUGUUAAGGCAGAAAACAGAACGUGUAAAGACUCGGCAAGUAAAACAGACAACGACAACAAAGCCAAGAACUGUAGUAGAACAAAGGUAUCAGAAGCUGAAAAAAAUAAAUCGAGUAGGAGAUGUAUGUCUGCCGCCGCACACAACAGCGGCAAAGACGUGAAAGGGUUAUUAUAAAGCGGUAAGGGCGCCGUAGCUAACGAGACAAGGUGAGAAGGAAAAAAAUUUCCCACAUGGGACCAGCAACCGUGUUGGUGUUGCGGAUUAUUAGAGGCUUGCGCCAGCGUUUGUGCGCGAUUUGAUCCUCCUUCCUGCCGUUCGGGACCAAUGCGAAACCGGAUUACCAAACUUGUCCCUCCAUCACUGCCCAAUACCACGACCAUGCAGACGCGAAAUGCCACAGCUACCCCAGAAGAAUUAUCAAGGAAACCCUUCAGACCCCCACCCCCUCGCGCCGAUGAACCCUGAAGCCAUUGAAAAACAAAGAUUGGAAAGUCCCUCUCGAGUGGGGAAGAAGCGAC